AUGAAGGUGCCCUCAGGACCACGAUUCCUGCUGCUCCUGGCAUCCUUGACCCGGUUCCAGCCAGUGCACGCGGAGCUGGGCUCAUGCUCCGAGAAAGAAGAGUGUGACUCUGGCUGCUGCUCGUCCGAGGGCUACUGCGGCUUUGGGCCAGAUUUCUGCGGCGACAAUUGCAUCUCGAACUGCGAUGCUGUGGCUGAAUGUGGCGAGUACGCUGAGACCGCGGGGACGGAAUGCCCGCUGAACGUCUGCUGCUCGCAAUACGGGUUCUGCGGCACAACCGAGGACUUCUGCGGGACUGGGUGCCAGAGUGGCUGUGAUGCGGUCAACCAGCCGUCUUGCUCGGGCUCUUCCAGUGAGGCAGUCUACCUGGGCUACUAUGAGGGAUGGAACCCUGACCGGCCCUGUGACGUUGUGCUGCCGGAGAAUAUCAAUGUUGCCCCAUGGACACACCUAUACUACUCGUUCGCCGGCAUCGACUCCAGCGACUUCACAAUCACCACCACAAACGCUAACGACAAGGAGUACAUGUCGAAGUUUACGGCACUCAAGGAGAAAAAGGCCACGCUUAAAACUUACAUCGCCGUCGGAGGGUGGGAUGUGGGUGGCAAGGUGUUUUCAGACAUGACGCGCUUCCCUGGGACCCGGUCAGCGUUUAUUGAGUCUGCAGUUGCCCUGAUGGAGGAGUACGGGUUUGACGGCAUCGACAUUGACUGGGAGUAUCCGGCUGCCGAAGACCGCGGUGGUGCUGCCAGAGAUACGGCCAACCUGGUUACCUUUCUGAAGGAGCUCAAGGAGGCAACCGGGACCAAAUACGGGAUCACCUGUACCCUGCCGUCGUCUUACUGGUACCUGAAGGGCUUCGACCUGGCCGGGAUGCAGGACUACGUCGACUAUUUCAAUUUCAUGUCGUAUGACAUCCACGGGACGUGGGAUGGGAAUAGCGAGUGGACGAGCUCGGUCAUCAAUCCCCACACGAACCUCACUGAAAUCUCCGCGGGCCUGGAUCUGCUCUGGCGCAACGGCAUCGAGCCCAGCAAGGUCCUGCUCGGUCUGGGCUUCUACGGCCGCUCGUUCACCCUCGCCGACUCGACGUGCAGCGUUCCAGGCUGCGACUUCGACACCAGCAGUGGGGAUAGCGGGGGCGCGCGCGCCGGCGAGUGCACCGGCACCAGCGGGAUCCUGUCGGACUACGAGAUUGCCCGCAUCAUUGAGGACUAUUCUGUCAACGCGGAGUACGACGAGACGGCGGGUGUGAACUGGAUGACCUGGAGUGGGGAUCAAUGGGUCUCCUACGACGACGGCCGCACGCUGAAGCAGAAGGCGGAUUUCGCGAACUCCCUGUGCCUGGGCGGGCUGUUCAGCUGGGCCCUGGACAUGGGCGGGCCAGGAUCUCUCAAGAACCCGAAUAGCCUGACUGCGGACUCGGGGAUGGGCGGCGCAGACUCGGACGGGGGCAGCGAUGGCACGGGGAUCCUGUACGUCGGGCAGGAAGUCCUCGGCGACUCGCCCACCGUCACGGCCAUUGCGCCCGUCAGUGUCAUCCUUCCCAAGUCAGUGCUCGAGACGCCCACAACCAUCAGCCUGGGCGGGUAUCCGACCUCGCUGGAGGUGGCGUGGAGCACGACCAAGACGGUGACCAGCGGGAGUAUCACGACUGUCACCUCGACCCUCACGCGGUAUAUCAUGGCCACGACCAUCCCGCUGGAUCCAAUCACCACGAGCCUGAUCAACUACUACAACUGGAACAUCAGCGACGUGGUGACGGCCAGUGCCACGGCGCUUAUCCCCAGCAUCGAAAUCCAGCCCGUUACCUUGACGGACGAUCCGAACCCGCUGAACGAGUCGGGCGUCACACAUCCCCCAGUCACACGCACCGUGAGCAUUCCUCCAUGGCCGUGGACCACGGACGGCACCGAGUAUCCCACCAUCACCUUUACCCAGGGCGACCCAGCCGGCCCAACAUGCACCGCCAACUGCGGCCACAAAUGCUACUCCUUCUGCGACGGCCCCUGCCUCUCCGACUGCGGCAGCGAGAGCUCCUCCAGCUUCAUCGACCCGCUGGACGACGACCCCCCGGCCGUCAGCAAAUGCGCAGGCCCCGGCUGCGUCAACGGCAAGUGCGCAGGCAGCGGACUGUGCAUUGAGAAGGGGUGCACCGGCAGCGACUGCAGCGAUCGGGUCUGCGUGGGCGACGACUGCAUCCCGACGGCCUGCACGGGCGCAGACUGCGAGGACGGCCACUGCGCUGGCGAUGACUGUCAAGACCACGGCUGUAUCGGGGAUGACUGCGGCGACAGCGAUGACAGUGACGAUGAUAGUGACAAUGACGAUGACGACGACGACAACGACAACGACGACGACAGCGGAAGCAGCGACGGCACAGGCCACUGCUUCGGCCUCGACUGCCUCUCCUGGGGGUGUAUCGGACUGGACUGCCUCCGGGGCUCGAGCUCCAGCGGCGGCGGCACCGACGGCUCAACACCAAAGCCCUACAUCUGCACAGGGAACAACUGCCGGAUCGUAACGUGCUCCGGAGACGGAUGCGACAACGGCGUGUGCACAGGCGACGGGUGCACAUCCGAAGACACAGACUGCGAGGCGGAAGAGGCAGACUCCUGCACGGCGUAUAUCUCCAGCACGCUGGUGACGCCGGUCUCCACGUACUCGACGACGACCGUGACAAGCCGGUGCGAGACUAUAACGGCGUGCUCGGCGCGCGCGACGACCAGCACGAGCACGCUGGAUGAAGACGGGCUCGAGGAGGGCACGAUCUCCUUCAUUGAGACGGACACGGACUACGCGAACCCGUCGCUGUCGUCGCGGAUCGAGUCCGCCAUGAGCAGCUACUACGAGGCUCUCACGUCUACGACGACGACAACAACGACGAAACGACGACCAAGACGGCGACGGUACGACUGCAAGGGCUCAAUACGGUGCGGGACGUUCGCGGACCUGCACAGCUUCUGCGACAUGGCCAAGGCCUUCCUCACGGAGUCGACGGUGUACGGCACGACCGACGAAGACGAGAACUCCGGGACGUGCUACACGGACGGCAUGAACGCGGGCUUCGGGUGCGGCGUGUUCGUCGAGGGCGACGACUGCCAGAUGACGGGCGACGAGAUGGCCGCCGCCUACGACCACACCUUCCAGGAAUCAGGCGGCGGGUGCGAGAUCUGCGGGCAUGCGUUGUUUGCCGACGGGUGCAAGGUCACGAUCAACUAUGUGAGCGGCUGCCAGUCGUCUAAUGGGCCGCUGCAGGGGUAUGUUGGGAACGUGUCGGAUUCGGGGUCUUCGGUGGUGGGAUCGAGCUCGAGCUCGAGCUCUGUGGCUGUCUCUACGCCUGUUGGGGUUUCGACGCCGUUGUACCGGGUGUAA